UGAUGGAGAAGCACCUUUUAAGGGACAUGAGCGUCCCAGACGUGGCUUCCUCGCUGCUCAGGUUAGAAGAGACCUUCUCUGCGUGCCUUGGCCGGAUCAAUGCCGUUAUCUUCAAGCCCCUCUUGCGAGCAGGUUCCUUUGAAAAUGCAAAACUCUUCUUCCAACUGAACGACCACUUUCAAGCCAUCUGGGACUUGACAGAGGAGAACCACAGAAGGCUGAAGGAAACAUUGGACGUCUCUGAAUCCGCCAGCGCCCGUGACGUCUACCUAAUCAGGAAAACUGACUUGUUUUGUGACACUUACAUCCAGUACUUUUCCACAUUUGCCAGUUGCGUGGUAGUCCAAGGCUUUGACCAUGCAGCUAGGAAUAAAAGUGAGAUCUGGAAACUGCACAAGCCUUCACUCCAGCAAUUUCUUCAGGAUUUCUCCUUGGACACCUCCAUCACGGUGGCUCUCCAUACGGUGCUUCAGAAACCGUUCCAGGAUCACCUCCAGCAAUACAGCCUGGUGCUCUCCAAGUGGAAGGAAACGGUGGAUCAGGGUCCAGAGAAAGAAGCCGCGGCCAACGCUGCUCACCAGGUUGCGAAGUUGCGCUCCUUCGUGAGUCAAGCCCUGGAUGAGGCCUGCCUGACCAGAUCCCUGUGGAAGUCCCUGGGCCACAAGUUCGUGGAUGUCCUCUGCGUCCCUGAGAGGAGGCUGCUGGAAGACAGCCAGAAUCUGGUCGUCUUCACCAACACCGGGAGAUCGGACCGCAUCCUGCUUUUCAAUGACGUCCUGCUGCUCCUCCAGGGGAACAACUUUCAGAGUUUUGAUCUGAAGCUCGUGUGGGUGGACGCAACCUCUCGGGAAACGGGAAGGAAUACCAUCCACAUUCGCACCCCGGAAGAACAGUUCUUCCUCUUGGCCAAAAAGCCAGAAACUCGGGCUGUGUGGGAGUGGAAGCUGAACCAAGCGGUGCGCCAGGCCUUAAACGGGAAGAGGGACUUCCCCUUGUGGGGUGAGGCUGGCGAAGGCCAAGAUCCGCCCCUCUGCCGCUUCUCCGUGUUCACAUUCAAGGGAGAGGGAAGAUUCAAGAAUGCCACCUACGAAGGAGAAUGGUGUUUGGGGAAACCCCAUGGCCAGGGGAAACUAACGUGGCCGGAUGGCCGGAAUUAUGUUGGAGACUUCAAGGAAGGCUUCGAACAUGGGUUUGGAAUCUGCCUCGUCCCCCGCGUCGCUGAGGACCGCUACGACUGUUACAAGUGCCAUUGGCAGGAAGGCAGGAUGAACGGCUAUGGGAUCUGCGAGUACGGCAACGAGACAGUCUACAAAGGAUAUUUCAAGGAUAAUGUGCGACAAGGUUUUGGCAUCUUGGAGAACUUUUCCCCCACCGAGCCCCUGUUUAAAUACACCGGGCACUGGGAAAACGAUAAGAAGAGUGGUUAUGGCAUAUGGGAUGACAAGGAGAGGGGAGAGAGGUACAUCGGGAUGUGGCACGAAGACCAGCGACACGGAGCUGGCGUCGUCGUCAUGCAGUCUGGCGUGUGCUACCGAAGGAAAUUCCACCUGGACAAAAUGGUGGGGUCUGGGAUUCUUCUUCUAGAAGACGAUUCUGCCUAUGAGGGGAACUUCACGAGAGACUUGACUUUUAUCGGAAAGGGAAAGCUGACCUUUCCGAAUGGCUUCACGCUGGAGGGGACGUUCGCGAACAAAUCCAGACACGGGCUACAAACUCAAGGAGUUCUGAACACUUCUGGAGAACAGAUGGAUGACACCCUAGCCAAACUCCAGUUGGGUCAGGAAGAGUUCCCAGUAGAACGACGGUGGGAAGGACUCUUCAGCCGGUUCCGGGAGUUCGUCUCCUCAGGAGGUCAAGCUGAAAUGGAGGAGGCCUUCAUGGGCUUCCACGUACAGACGAGCCGUGAGCUGCGGAAGUCUCAGGAAUACCUCUUUUGCCACAGAGGAACUGAAGAGGCUCCUGGAAAGGCUGACUUUUUAGAAGAGCUAGUCGAACACCAGGAGAAGGAAGCUAUGCAGAACUAUUUGGAACAGGCUUUGAGGACCUCCCUCCACCCUUUAGGAAAGCUGCUGAAGGCCCUGACCUCCGUCUUCCAGGCCACCUACUCGGGGAUCGGGGCCAACAAGCACCUCCUGGCCAUGGCCCAAGAGGAGGUCAAAUAUUACGCCAAGAUGAUCUGGGAAUUUUAUCAGGGCCUGGUGCAUCUUGCUCUGGAUGUGAAAGAUCAAAAUCCAGAAGAAGACACGAAGGAGAGGGAUCUCAACGGACCGGGUCUUAUCCUGCCCCUCAUCCUUCCGUCUUUCUACCCGGAGUUCCUGAUGUUGUACAUGCUUUAUCACAAGAAGGAAGAUGAACUUUAUUGCCAAGGGAUUGCGGAACUCAGCCUGUUUCCUGAUGUUAAAUUACUGGAGUUCCUGGAUGUCCAGAGACAUUUGUGGCCCCUCAAGGAUCUCGUACUGACAAGUAACCAGAGACAAUCCCUCAUCAAAGAUCGGUGCUUCCUUUCUGCAACUGAAUGUCUACAGACACUGAUUACGACCGUCGAUCCGUGGGAAAAACUGGGCAUCCUCCAAAACACGUACGAGGAGAUUGAGAAGACGGUCCUUCGGGUCCUGGGGAAAGAGUACAGCCUGCCGAUGGAUGACCUUUUGCCGUUGCUGAUGUAUGUUGUAACCCGCGCAAGCAUACAACAUUUAGGAGCAGAGAUUCACCUGAUCAGAGAUUUGAUGGACCCAGCGAGCGAAGGGGGGAUGUAUGAUUUCCUGCUUACAGCCCUGGAGUCCUGCUAUCAGUUCAUCCAGAAAGAGACAACGCUCCCUCAGAACUGGCAGGCAUCUGAAGAUUUUUGAACAUGGCACAUGAAAAGGAUCUUGGUUGCACACUUCAGAGAAGCAUUGGACUGGAGUUGUCGUUGUGACGAUGGGAAGACGAGGAGCAUGUUGCUGCUGUUAUUGGUAUUUUUCUUUCCUAUGGGAAGCACGUCUGGUUUUUAAGUCUGCAAUUUCUUUGAAAUUGAUAUAUAUAUUAAGAUUGUUUGAACCUGAGGUUGAGAGAGCGCGGAUCCAAGGAGGUGGGCUUAGUCGGAUGCUGGUGGUUCAGUACUAGGAUCUCUCCUGGAAAGGGAAUUUAGCCAUUGUUUGUGAGCAGUGUAAUCCUGACUUUACUCAAAGUUUCUGCGAAGGCUGUCAAAACCAAGAAUUUGCUCGUUGCAAUCUCAUUUGGGUUGGUGCAAUAUUUAACAAGACCCUCUGACCUUUUUUCACCUGCCGUGAUAUUCCCGACCCUUCGUUUUUAUGAUUUCUUUGGUAGCUUGUGCUUCGUUGGAAGGCUGGGGGAGAAGAUGUUUUAUCGUAAUAUGCCCUAUUCUUAACAUCCAUAACAUGGUUAACAUUGUUCCUGUGGUCAACCCAGCGACCUGGAUGUACUUCCAACAAAUCUAUGCUGAACAGAGAUCAAAAUCCGCUCACUUUUGCAACGGCCUGUUGGUAAGGUGAACAUCUAGCAAACAGCCCCUCUGUUCAACAUGGCCCACCAUGCAGGCAACAGUUUUGAGCACACUGUCUUGGUUUGGGGUGAAGUUCAGCAAGAUUAGAGGAAAGUGUUGCUUUUAAUCUUCUUUCUGGUACUGUAUACAUUCCAGUUACUUAACAAUAUAUCCUUUGCCCUUUCUUCUAAUGUCAGAGGCAACUGAUUCAAUUGAUUGGCUAUUGCUGGCAUGCAAUCCUUUAUUUCGAACAUGGCACAAACCCACAGCUUUUUGGGGUAAGAGUUCACGACAGCUUUUGCAACAGAUGCAAAAGGGAUCUUCCAGGUACUACUUCACACUACCCAACACCCAUUUUUAACUCCUCUUUUUAUGCUAGGGCACAGAUUAGGAGGGGGUGGCUGUAGUAAUCUGCAUACAAUCAGCUGAAACUCUUGACCCAAUUCUUGAGUGGAAUUGUAAGAGGAAGCUCUGAUGCCAUCACAGCUUUUGAAGGAAACGUCUUGGAUUUUUAAAUGGUUUCACGACGUCCAAAGUGAUUAAUUCUUAACGGAGCACCCCCUUUUCCUCUACAUGGUGUUGAAAAAUUGAUAAAGGAACUGACAAGGUUAAUGAAAACCAACCCUAUUUUAUUAAGCCCAAUUUUGGAAUGCUGAUGACAAUAUCGGCACGUGUCCGGUUCCAUGUUCAACCGGUCCUCUCUCUGUACAAGCUGUCUGUCUUGGACCCCAUCAAUCCUGAUGACGUAAAAUGAUGGUUGCUUAAAGCAACUGCUCAUAAAAAGGCUGAUUUUAUUGAACCAGCAUAAGUGUUAAGGUUUUAUACAUUUUUAGAAUUAACUGAACAAAGACUGAUGCUUUUUUAAUAAGCGGAGACUGCAUAAAUGUCUAUACUACUGCCUCAUUUCUCAUACAAAUAUACUGAGUCAAAUAAGAGGGCUGCUUGAAAUUAUUACAAGCCCAUUGGUAUUGAAAUAAAUCUUGUUACAGUGUUCCAGAGAUAAUUUUGUAUGACACAAAUAAACUGAGCUUAACUGAG